ACGUUACGGUUCGACGACUGACAUCCAUUGACACGCUUCCCAAAAACCAUGGCCAUGGCGGGGCUCAUAUCCCCCAAACCGCUUUCAUACCUCCAGCAUGCUGGGCAGUUUAAUCCAUACCAGCAACAACAGCAGCAGCAGCAGCAGCGCCUAGCAGGGUCCGCGCUGUCCGGGUACUCUGACACCCAUACUCAUACUCCCUCUCUGCACCCACACCAGCAUAUCAUGGGUCUUCAAGAAGAGAGCAAGAUAUAUAAUCUUGUUAUUGACCUUACGGAUCCUAAUGCGCGUGAAGCUGCGCUGCUGGAGCUUAGCAAGAAGAGAGAGCAGUAUGAGGAGCUUGCGUUGGUGCUUUGGCAUUCGUUUGGUAUCAUGCCAGCGCUAUUACAAGAAAUAGUAUCCGUCUACCCCCUCCUCUCACCUCCGAACCUCACGGCACACGUAUCGAACAGAGUGUGUAAUGCACUGGCGUUGCUCCAGUGUGUGGCUUCGCAUCCUGACACGAGACAGUUGUUUUUGAAUGCGCAUAUUCCGUUGUUUCUAUACCCCUUCUUGAACACGACCUCGAAAACGCGGCCGUUUGAAUACCUCAGACUUACUUCCCUAGGCGUUAUUGGCGCACUUGUUAAGCAAAACGACAACAACACAGUAAUCCACUUCCUCCUCUCAACCGAAAUCAUCCCCCUCUGUCUCCGCAUAAUGGAAACGGGUUCCGAACUCUCCAAAACAGUCGCCAUCUUCAUCGUUCAAAAGAUCCUACUCGACGAAACGGGUCUUACUUAUAUCUGUCACACUUAUGAGCGGUUUUAUGCUGUGGGGACGGUGUUGAGCAAUAUGGUAAAUCAACUGGUGGAGACGCAGGCUGUUAGGUUGUUGAAGCACGUUGUGAGGUGUUAUUUGAGGCUUAGUGAUAAUAUGAGAGCUAGGGAGGCUCUGAGGGCUUGUCUCCCUGAGCCUCUGCGCGAUCAGACGUUUAGCGUGCUUCUCAAGGGAGACAUGGUCACCAAACGAUGUCUGACGACUCUUUUAAACAACCUCAACGAGCAGUAAUGCCCACCCUGAACUAGAUCUAUCAAAACGACCCACUCACGAAUGAUAAAAAUUCGGACUACCCAUGGGAUCUGGUGCUUCUUUUCCACGUCUGCUCUUUUUUUCGAAAUGUUACGGACUGUCGCCGUUUGCUCGACUGGUGAUUGUAUUCGCACUUUUGUGUCUCUUGUACCAACGCAGGCCCUCGCUAUCUAAAUCUCGCACUAAUUGUCGAUUAUCUGAGUAGAGCAUUUGCAUUUGUAUCUACCUUAUGAAUACCUGAAUUUACCGAGAUGCGGUUCA